CACAACAAUACAAUCAAAAUUCAGCAAGAUGUCGACGGCCAGCCUCCUCGCGCUUGCUCUUGCAGGCCUCGUGCUCGUCACCUUCCCAGGCCUCUGCGCCGGCACCGCCACAGCUCACCGCCACUUCACCGACUGCCAUCCGAGCGGCACGCUGGAGGGGCCGAGCACGGGCCACGUCUGCGGGGAGUGCUGCAAGCCGGGGCAUGUCUACCCGAAGUACCGGUGCUCGCCGCCGGUCACCGCAAGCACCAAGGCCGUCAUGACGCUCAACAACUUCGAGGAGGGGGGAGAUGGCGGCGACCCGUCGGAGUGCGACGGCAAGUACCACUAUAACACGGAGCGCGUGGUGGCGCUGUCAACGGGGUGGUACGCCAAGGGCAAACGCUGCGGCAAGAACAUACGGAUCAGCUCCAAGGGAAGGUCCGUGCUCGCCAAGGUCGUGGAUGAAUGCGACAGCCUGCACGGCUGCGACAAACCGCACGCCUUCCAGCCGCCGUGCGAGCCUAACAUCGUUGACGCGUCCCAGGCGGUGUGGGACGCCCUAGACAUCACCGGCGAUGAGGUCGGCGACUAUCCUAUCACCUGGUCGGACGUAUGAUGACUUGAUGAGUACAUGGUCUCUGGCGGCUAGACUAUGUACGACGGUUUUCUCAGUUCUUCGUGUUUGUGUUGAGUGUCCUGUGUGUCCUACACGUCGUGUUGUCCUAAAUCUAUCUUAAUGAAUAAACAAAGCGAUAGGGAAAACCCGUUCACUCAA